AUGGGGAUGCUCAGCCUGCCGGGCUUCCUAUCCUGCGGGAAGAAGAAGGACUUCAGUCUGUCAAAUGAAAAAGAUGCUCACGUCAGCGACAAUGAUGAGAACUCAGAUCGUGGCAACUGGUCGAACAAAGCUGACUACCUUCUCUCCAUGGUGGGCUACGCCGUGGGCCUGGGCAACGUCUGGCGUUUUCCAUAUCUCACCUACCAGAACGGCGGAGGUGCUUUCCUAAUCCCAUACACACUGAUGUUGGCAUUAGCUGGCUUGCCCUUAUUUUUCAUGGAAUGCUCCCUUGGGCAGUUUGCCAGCCUAGGCCCCAUUUCCAUCUGGAGAAUAUUACCAUUGUUUCAAGGAGUGGGCAUCACGAUGGUCAUCAUCUCAACGUUUGUGGCAAUCUAUUACAACGUCAUCAUUGCCUAUGCACUCUACUACUUGUUUGCCUCAUUUCAAAAAGUGCUUCCAUGGUCGGAUUGCUUUUCCUGGGCAGAUGAGUUCUGCAGCAAAACACGCCUGGUAAAGGACUGCAAUGCAACAUUAGAUGGAGAAAUCAUUCAUGCAAACUACUCGUUCAUCACAAGCAACAACCUCACAUGUAUCAAUGACACCAUCAACUAUAAACCUGUGCAGUUUCCCAGUGAACAGUACUGGAAUAAAGUGGCUCUUCAGCGCUCCCCUGGGCUGGAUGAGACUGGCAACAUCGUGUGGUACUUGGCCCUCUGCCUGCUCCUGUCCUGGAUGAUUGUUGGAGCUGCCUUGUUUAAAGGCAUAAAAUCUUCUGGAAAGGUUGUCUAUUUUACUGCGCUCUUCCCGUAUGUCAUCCUGCUCAUCUUGUUGGUGCGUGGAGCCACCCUGGAAGGUGCUUUGGAUGGCAUUGAAUAUUACAUUGGGAAACAGUCCAACAUCACCAAGUUGAUGGAGGCAGAGGUUUGGAAGGAUGCAGCCACUCAGAUAUUCUACUCCCUCUCUGUGGCAUGGGGUGGACUCGUUGCUUUGUCUUCAUACAACAAGUUUCACAACAACUGCUACUCGGAUGCUAUUUUUGUUUGUGUAACAAACUGCCUCACCAGCGUAUUCGCCGGGUUUGCAAUUUUCUCUGUCCUGGGACAUAUGGCAUUCGUGUUGAAGAGACCUGUCUCAGAGGUCGUGGACUCAGGAUUUGAUCUGGCGUUUGUAGCCUACCCUGAAGCUCUCUCCAAGUUACCAGUUUCCCCUCUUUGGUCCUUCUUAUUUUUCUUCAUGCUUCUGCUUUUGGGCCUUGACUCCCAGUUUGCCACCAUAGAAACACUUACAACCACCAUACAAGAUAUAUAUCCCAAAAUGAUGAAAAAGUUGAGAAUCCCUAUAACCCUGGGUGUGUGUGUACUGCUCUUCUUUCUUGGUCUUAUCUGUGUUACUCAGGCAGGAAUUUACUGGGUGAACUUAAUAGAUCACUUCUGUGCUGGAUGGGGAAUUCUUUUUGCUGCAGUCCUGGAGAUAAUAGGCAUCGUCUACAUUUAUGGAGGAAACAGAUUUAUCGAAGACAUUGAAAUGAUGAUUGGGAAGAAGAGCUGUUUCUUCUGGAUGUGGUGGAGGAUGUGCUGGUUUUUCAUUACUCCUGUGCUCUUAGUGGCAAUUUUGGUCUGGUCGUUAGUGACGUUUUCAGCUCCCACUUAUGGCUCAGUGCUAUAUCCAACAUGGGGAACUGCUGUUGGUUGGUGUAUGAUCAUCUUCUGUGUCAUCUGGAUUCCCAUUGUGGCUGUUGUAAAAAUACUUAAGGCAGAAGGAAACCUUUUUCAGGUAAGGAUACAACACAGUGGUCAUUGUCCCCAAUUUUGCUUUUCAUGGCAUUGUCAGGAAUGUCUGUGCCUUUUUCUCAAAAGCAUGUUGAAUAUCUCAAGGUUCUAUCACCUGGAUCUGUACACCAAACCACAUCUUUGGUAGAGCCAAAUGUACCCUAUUGUGGUCUGGUAUGAAGAUAAAGUCUAUUUCUCUGGAAAUGUUCAACAG